AGGAGCAGUGCGCGGUUUGUGAUUUUCAUUUCUCCUCGAGUUUGAAUUUUUACAUCGUGCAUUCCAGUGUCGAUUUUGUUUUUCUGGUUACCAUUUAUGAAAUUGUUGUACUAACUUUUGACAGGCGCCGGGAUUCCCAACAAGCAGAUGUGAAAAUGUCCUUGAUCAGUAAGGUUGGCAACCUGAUGCGGGCGAUCAAGCAGAACGGAGGCAUCGUGAAUUCCGCGUACACACUGCUGGUGACGGAUGAUUUGAAAUGGGGAACACACGUUGGCACGGAUAAAUACGGGAACAAGUAUUACGAAAACAAUUACUAUUUCGUCGGGAGGAAUCGCUGGGUGAUCUACAAUAAGGCCUUCUUUGUGGAUUACGAUGGAUCGCAGAUUCCAGCGGAAUGGCAUGCCUGGAUGCAUUACACCACCGACUUGCCACCGACAGUGAAGCCCCCGGUGAACUACAAGUGGAUGGUGCCGCAUCAGGAGAACAAGACCGGCACCAGCGAGGCUUACUUCCCCUACAGCACCACGCGCACCAAGGUGCAGUCCUGGAUGCCGCAGCAUCUGCGCGGGGCCGACUACGAUGAGACCACCAGCCAGCUUGCAUCCGGUCCGAGCAGCGACUCCCACAGACAGAAUGCUUAAAAUGGUUUCUUCGUUUUACCAGCGUCAUAACUGCCAUUGGAUCCACGCUUUUAUUCGAUAUUCUGAGUAUAAUGCGCAGAGGAAGACUGCAUAGAAAUUUAUCCACAAUUUUUACAUCGUAGUGUAUUUUAACGCUGUGUUGUGCUAAAUCAGAGUGUUUAUAAACACUGUAAUUAAUUACAUAAAUGAUAUUGGGCUUGAAAUUGAUUAUGGAGUUGUCUUGGACAGAAAUCGGGCCACCAGGGCGUCGAUCCCAGGCUCCGUUGUAAAGCCGAAUUGAUUAUAAAAGCGGACGAACGGCUCCGGGCUGUCGACGUGGAUUUUGUAGCAGCCAAGGGAUUUGGCGAGACUCACUAAGACGUUAGUUAAUAUGCUGGCCAGGUUGCCGUCUUGGUAACGGUAAUCUUGGAUUUCUUCCUCGCGGUCAACCAUCAGGUCUUCGAUGCGGCCUUGUAGCGAGACUGAGUGGAUGAAUUUGUACUGAAUUUCCAAUGAGCCUGUUAAAAUCCACUAUUUUUUUAUCAAUACCUAAUUUAUCUUUUCGUAUUUAAUAAUUAUUAAUGUUGAGGAGCUCCAAUCUUCAACUUAUUCACUCGUCAAAAAACAGUA